AUGGCGUCCGCAAACCCUGAUUUGUCGGCAUCCCGUAAGCGUAAACGAGAAGGCCUUGCUUCGGGACUCCAUAGUCGCAUCAAGGUGAUGCUGGCCUCUGGCGAUCUGAGCGAUGUACAAUUCUCCGUUGGCCGGGAUUUCGGUGCUGCGAAGAUCUUCAAAGCUCACAAGAACAUUAUCAGCAUUCGCAGUCCAGUGUUCUACACAAUUUUCUAUGGAAGUUUGGCCGAAUCCGGUCCGCAGAUCGACGUUCCCGACUGCAUGCCCGACGCGUUCGCCAACAUGCUCAGCUGCAUGUACACGGAUACCGUGGAGAAUCUCACCGUGGACAACGUGAUCUCCACACUGCGCUGCGCUGAUAAGUACGAUUUGCCAGAGUUGACCAAUCUGUGCCUGGAGUGUGUGGAGACGCGGAUGAAUAUCGGUGAAUGCUUGGUCACUCUGGAGCGGGCAGUCCAGUGGACCGCUGAUGAUAUCGUGGAGAAAUGCCUGCGGUUGGUGGAACGCCGCUGCGAUGUCAUCGUGCAGACGGAGCAGUUCACGGCCAUCACGCAGGACACGCUGAAGAUGAUUCUGCAGCGCAAUGCUCUAUGCGCGGAUGAGCAUGCCAUCUAUUUGGCUGUUGAAAGAUGGGCCGUGGAGGCUUGUAAACGGGAGAAUCGUGAGCUGUCAGCGGCCAACCGACGCGGGAUGCUGGGCGAUGCGUUGUUCCUCGUCCGUUUUCCGCUGCUGAAUGCCACACAGCUAGCUAACGGUCCCGGCAAGAGUGGUCUGCUCCUGGAGAGUGAGCUGUUGAGUCUCUUCCUGUACCAGAACGGCGCCGUUCCCCUCCAGCCGCCCUUUACCGCGGCCCCUACGCAACUCGGCGUACCAACCCGGCGGAGUUCAAGAAAGGCCAGGAGGUGUUGGCGUUGAGUCGGGCCGGCGGCUGGUGGCAUCCGGCCAAGUUUCUGAGGAAGGGCACCG